AUGGGAAGUGGAAUAGCCCAGGCAACAGCACAAGCAGGCUUCUACACAUUGUUGUACGAACUAAAUGAAGCAAUACUCGAAAAAGCCAGGGUAACAAUCGGUAGUAACCUGGCAUCACUCGAGCAGAAAGGGCGUAUUGGAAAAGGAGAAAAAGAAAAGAUAUUUGAACGCAUCCGGUUCAUCAGUGAUAUCCAGGAGUGCCUGGCUGACUUUUUUAUUGAAGCAAUCAUAGAAAAAGCGGAAGCCAAGGUUGCGUUGUUUAAUCAAAUUGCGGAACUAAAUCACAGCGAGUGCAUUUUCGCGAGUAACACUUCUUCACUUUCGGUAACGUCUAUUGCAUCGAAGAUCAAAAACCCUGAGCGGGUUAUCGGGAUGCACUUUUUUAAUCCUGCACCAUUAAUGCGAUUGGUAGAAGUGAUAAAGACCGAAUACAAUAGCCAGGCGUUGAUUGACGUCGUCUUUGGACUUGCAACGCAAAUGGGAAAAACACCUGUAGUAUGCAAGGAUGCGCCCGGGUUUAUUGUGAACCGGGUAGCCAGGCCUUAUUAUAUUGAAUCAUUGAGACUGGUAGAAGAGGGAGUGACUAACUACAACGAAAUAGACAAGUUGCUCGAAGCAACAGGCCUGCAAUUAAAGUCGGGCGGUUAUGAACUGAUCAUUUCCUAUACCGGCUACCAGACAAAACUGGUACAGAUCAAUCAUACGGACAGCAGGAUUCCCGAUAUAGAAAUGAUAAAGGAAGAUAAAAGCCUUGGCGAAGUAGUUAUCAAAAGCAGCAACGAAGUCAAGGAUGGGUGGGAGAAGUAUGGCAGUUUCUUUCUCGAACAUUUUAUCGGCACCACUCCAAACGCGGCGAAUUGCCGGUUGAUGAAUCCCGAA